AUGUCAGCGACAGCAGUAAUAACAAAUGCCGGUGUUCAAAUGCCUCGUUUAAUCUAUGGUACAGCAUGGAAAAAAGAAGCAACAACACAACUUGUUAUUAAAGCCAUUUUAAAUGGAUUUCGUGGUAUUGAUACAGCAUGCCAACCAAAACACUAUAGUGAAGAUCUUGUUGGUCAAGCUCUUGUUGAACUUCAAAACAAAUAUAAUAUAUCUCGACAAGAUUUAUUUAUUCAAACAAAAUUCACUAGUAUUCAUGGACAAGAUCAAUCAAAACCUUUACCAUAUAAUCCUCAUUCACCAUUAGUUGAACAAGUUCGACAAUCAUUUGCAACAUCACUUAAAAAUUUACGUACAAAUUAUAUUGAUUCAUUAGUACUUCAUAGUCCAUUACAAUCACAUGAAUUAACAAUGGAAGUAUAUCGUGAAUUUGAAAAAUUUGUUGAUAAUGGUCAAGUUAAACAAUUAGGUAUUAGUAAUUUAUAUGAUUUAAAUCGUUUAAAAAGAUUAUAUGAUGAUGCUCGACAUAAACCUUCAGUUAUACAAAAUCGUUUUCAUGCUGAGACAAAUUUUGAUAAUGAUAUAAGAAGAUUUUGUCGUGAAAAAAAUAUCUAUUAUCAAAGUUUUUGGACAUUAACAGCUAAUCCACAAAUUCUUGGACAUUCACUUGUACAACAACUUGCACAAGAACGUCAUGGUACACCAGCUCAAGUAUUCUUUCGAUUUUUAAUGGAUAUUGGUUUAACACCAUUAACUGGUACUACUGAUGAAAAACAUAUGAAAGAAGAUUUACAAGUUCUUCAAUGGCCUUCACUUGAUAAUGAUUCCAUUGCAAAACUUAAAAAACUUAUUAAUGAUUAA